CAGUGACGACUACAAACAAGCCUGAUCUAAAAUAUGUUACAUUAUUUCUCCUCUAAUGUCCAUAACAUAUUGUUUACUUCUAUUUAAAAAGACAGUAACAGAUGACUGCCUUCAUGUCUCUACUUACAGUGUUUGCAGUCAUGCAUCUUGUCUCACAGACGAUCUUUGUUGGGUAUAUUUCCCGGCAGCAGACUCUUCAAGUGUUGGAGGAGGAGGAAGAAGGGACUUGUCGACGAAGAUCUCGUAAAUAUGGAGAGUGGCAGAUCGGAUCCAAGUGAAGGAGUAGAUCAAACUUGUAUUUUCUGCUUGAUAGCCAACGACCUAGACAAAGAAACAGAAAUCCUUAAAAAGGACAAGGAGCUGAUGUGUUUCAGAGACAUUUACCCUGCUGCUCCGCACCAUUACCUGGUGAUACCCAUCCAGCACAUAGAAAGCUGCCACUCUCUGCACGGGGGACACAUCGGCCUCAUUCAACGGAUGGCUGAGAUGGGAAAAGCUGUGCUACGUGAACAAGGGGUCACUAAUAUGAAGGAUAUAAGGCUGGGCUUCCACCAACCUCCCUACACUUCAGUCGAUCACCUCCACCUCCAUGUGCUCGCCCCCAGCAGCCAAAUCUCACAAUACAUGGAGUAUAAAUUCAUCCCACGGUCGUACCGUUUUUUAUCGGACAAAUAUAUACUCGAUUAUCUAAACAAGUUACCUCCUCCAGUCCAAUUUUCAGACGGCUCUGUAUUGUCUCUGUGAGCCAGCAGCUCCCAAACUGGUAUUUUGGAUUAUUGCACAGCUCAGAGGAGUCAUUGAGCCACAUGGAGAAGAUGCUUUUGAAAAGCAACACUCAGAUUGUGAUGUUCACUACAGCGAUAACAACAAACUGACCUCUGAAAAGAUGAGAACGAUUAAAGAAGAUUAUCUGGAAAUAGAAUCAGUAAAUGAAAUUAACUGUAGCCUGCACAUGUUGUUUC